UUAUAAUUUUGGUAAUACUGGAAGAAAGGGAGAGAGGUGCGCACGGGGAGGGUGCACAACCUGCCACAAAUGCAUGCCAACCCCUCCCUGCCUCCGCCUCCUAACUCCAAGCUCUCUUAAUCCCAACCACCCCCUCUCAUCGUCGUCUUCUUCGCUGCCUCUAAUCUCUCUCCUCCUCCUGCCAUGCCCAAGCCCAUGCCCGCUCUGACGUCCAGAUAUCGGAGUCAGACCAACCAGCCGACCGACGGACCGACACCAUAACAAUAUUAGAUAAGAUCGGAUCCCAAGAGAGAUCUCCCUCUUCCUCUAAUUUCAAUCUCAAUCCAUCUCUUCUUUCAUCUCUAUCCGUUUACGCUCUUUAGCUGCAUUGCCUCUCCCCUUUCCUCCCCCUCCAAUAAACCCCCCAAAAAAAGGGAGGGAGGUGAGAGGUGGACAUCUAAAAGAGCGAGAAGAAAAAGGGUGGAGGAGGUAGAGGACUAUGAGAGCCGGUGGAGGGGGAGGGCCGAAGGAUGUCUCCGAUGGCUACCAUCCGAUGACCACAACCAACAACAGUAAGAACCCUUUCAUAUGGGGCAUCCUCUGCGCCGGCCACCCCCUCUUCGGCAAGCCUUCCAACCGUCCCAUGUUGAUGUCCAGGAUCAGGAUCUUCCUCCUCAUCUUCAUCUCCGUCUCCCUCAUCUACGUUGUCUACACCGUCAGGCUCAUCCGCACCUCUUCCCUUUCUCACAGCGAACUCCCCUGCUCCAGCACCACCACCUCCGCCGUCGCCGAUCCGGUCCUCCACCUUUCCUCUAAUCUCUCCGUCCAUACUACCCCCUCGGCCACCAACGUCCCCACCACCAGGACAGCCGCCCGCGCUGCGGCGGCCACGGGGCUUCAGCAUGUAGUUUUCGGGAUCGCGGCCUCCGCCAGCUUGUGGAAAGGACGCAAGGACUACAUCAAGCUCUGGUGGCGCCCCCGCCAGAUGCGCGGCUUCGUCUGGCUCGACAAGCCGGUGAAGGAGUUCAACAACUCCGCCUCCGCCACCGGCCUCCCCCCCCUCAAGCUCUCCGGCGACACCGCCCACUUCCCCUACACCCACCAGAAGGGCAGCCGCUCCGCCAUCCGCAUCUCCCGCAUCGUCUCCGAGACGUACCGCCUCGGCCUCGACAACGUCCGGUGGUUCGUCAUGGGCGACGACGACACCGUCUUCGUCCCCGACAACCUCGUCCGCGUCCUCUCCCAGUUCGAUCACCGCCAGCCCUACUACAUCGGCUCCGUCUCCGAGAGCCACCUCCAGAACAUCUACUUCUCCUACGGCAUGGCCUACGGCGGCGGCGGGUUCGCCAUCAGCCGCCCCCUCGCCGCCGCCCUCGCCCAAAUGCAGGACCGCUGCCUCCACCGCUACCCGGCUCUGUAUGGUAGCGACGAUCGCAUCCAAGCCUGCAUGGCGGAGCUCGGUGUUCCCCUCACCCGCCACCCGGGCUUCCACCAGUUCGACGUCUACGGCGACCUGCUCGGCCUCCUCGCCGCGCACCCCGUGGCCCCGCUGGUCUCCCUCCAUCACCUUGACGUCGUCCAGCCCGUCUUCCCCAACGCCUCUUCCCGCGCCGCCGCCCUCCACCGCGUCUUCGACGGCCCCGUCCGCCUCGACUCCGCGGCCGUCUUCCAGCAGUCCAUCUGCUACGAAGCCGACCAUCUCUGGACCGUGUCCAUCUCCUGGGGCUUCGCCGUCCACCUGGUGCGGGGGGUCAUGUCCCCCCGGGAGAUGGAGAUGCCCGCACGCACAUUCCUCAACUGGUACCGCCGCGCCGACUACACCGCCUACUCCUUCAACACCCGCCCCGUGGCUCGCCACCCCUGCCAGAAGCCCUCCGUGUACUACCUCUCCUCCUCCCGCUACGACGCCGCCCGUCGCACCACCAUCACCGUAUACGAGCGUCACCGAGAGGUCCACCCGGCGUGUCGCUGGAAGAUGGACAACCCCUCAGCCUUCGUCGACCGCGUCGUCGUCUACAAGAAGCCCGACCCCUCUCUCUGGGACAGGGCGCCGAGGAGGAAUUGCUGCAGGGUGGUAUCGUCGCCGAAGAAUGCGAAGAAGGGGAAUAAGACGAUGACAAUUGAUGUGGGCGUUUGCCGGGAUGGCGAGUUUAGCGAGAUAUAGUUACCUGCCUUCAUUUCUCUGUUUACUUGGUAGAUCUUUUUCAUUUUUUUUUUCUUUCAUUUUUAGUCUUUCUAUUGUUUUGGUAUUGUUUUGGUAUAUAAAUUGUCAAUUUUUUGGAACUUUUUGUGAUGGGGAACGGGGCAUACGACGGCUGAAAGUAGAUGAUGAAACUUGAAAGAAAGGCAGAGAGAGAUUCGUCUUUGUAUAUUUUUCUUUGCCGUUAUCGAGCGGCGGCAGGGUCAAGCAUGUCGUUUAUACCUCAAUCUAUAUUCUAUUUCUAAGUGCGUUGCCU